AGAAAGGUUGCAGAUUGCAGAUUGUUCCGAGUUCGAGUGAGUGAUUGUGAGUCAAGUCAAUGAAACUUAUAAACUUGAAAAACUCUAUUUUCUUGAUAAUAACUUAAGUGUUUGAAACUGCGUGUCGAAUAUACGUUCUAACUUGGCUUUCGUCUCACCCGUUAACGAUGUUGCGCUUUCUAAGCCGAAGAGGGCGUUCAUCUAGUCAAAACCGCAAUAAACAAACCCAGAAAGCGUCAAGCAACAAAAAUUUAAUACAAUGCAAAGUUCUGCUACUUGAUGAUACAGAUUUGUCUAUAAACUUAUCUAAAAAAGCAAGUGCAGGUGACCUUUAUGAGCAAGUUUUUUAUUCUCUGGAUUUGAUUGAAAAAGAUUACUUUGGACUGCAGUUCACUGAUACUCACAAUGUCAAACAUUGGUUGGAUCCAACUAAGACCAUCAAGAAACAAGUAAAAAUAGGGCCUCCAUACACUUUACGGCUAAAAGUGAAGUUUUAUUCUUCUGAACCCAAUAAUCUAAGAGAAGAAUUGACUAGAUAUCAAUUCUUCUUGCAACUGAAGAAGGAUAUAUUGGAGAGCAAGCUAGAGUGUCCACACUCUACAGCAGUUGAAUUAGCUGCAUUAGCCCUACAGUCUGAAUUAGGUGAUUUUGAUGAAAAUGUUCACACUCCAGCAACUGUAUCUGAGUUCAGAUUUGUACCUAAUCAGACAGAAGAAAUGGAGAUAGAAAUCUUAGAAGAGUACAAGAAAUGUAAAGGUCUUACCCCUGCACAAGCAGAAGUAAACUACUUAAACAAAGCAAAGUGGCUUGAGAUGUAUGGUGUUGAUAUGCACAUUGUCUUAGGUAAAGAUGGGUGUGAGUACCACUUAGGAUUGACACCAACAGGCAUACUGGUCUUUGAAGGACCUCAAAAAAUUGGUUUAUUCUUCUGGCCUAAGAUAAGCAAGUUAGAUUUCAAGAAAAAGAAACUAACACUUGUGGUUGUUGAAGAUGAUGAUCAAGGUCGGGAACAAGAGCAUACCUUUGUGUUCAGAUUACAUAAUGAAAAAGCCUGCAAACACCUAUGGAAAUGUGCUGUUGAACAUCACACUUUCUUCCGCUUGAGAGCACCAGUCAAAGGUCCAUCGGCACGACAAAACUUCUUUAGAAUGGGUUCUCGAUUCCAAUACUCUGGAAAGACUGAAUACCAGACCACACAGCAAAAUCGCGCCAGACGCACAGUCCAGUUCGAAAGAAGACCCAGUCAAAGAUUUGCUCGUAGACAGAGUCAUGUCUUGCGGGAGAGAGAGAAACAAAGUGUAGUGAAACCAGAGACUACACCACCAGAGGCAGCUAAUGAGCCCAGCACAUCAUCUGAUACUGCAGUACUUGUGCCUGAUGUAGAUACUCUGUCUAGAAAGAGUAGUGCAAAGUCCCAGAAAUCAACUCUCAUGGACGCUGAGCUCAAACCUGAGGUUGGUGAGCCAUCAACAAAGAACUUACUAAAUGAAGAACCUGCUGAAGAAGUAUUGAUGUCAAAAGAUGAUGCUAUUAGCAACAAAGUACUAUUCAAAAUGGAUAAAUCGCUGAUUGAAGAAAAGAAGAGCAAUUUGACUCAACUUGUGAUUAACAAACCUGCUUGCAGCUGUUCACCUGUGACAGAAUCGAACCCAUUGAAUGAUCUCCUUAUGAGUUUAGUUAAAGAAAAACUUAAUAAUGAUGAUUCUAAAAAUGAAGCAAAGAGAGAUCAGAUAGAUUCGGCUACUGACAAAGAAGUACCAAACAAUCAAACAAAGUGUUAUCUGUCAUCUACAAAGGCUUUACCGCCUGGGCAAUUGAAAUGUAAUAAUAUUUUGAAAGCUAGAGAAAAUGAAGUGAAGGUUAUAAACGAAUCUACCAACAUCAAUCUGGCCAUACCAUCCACCCCAUCACCUAAAAUACUGAAUGAACCAACAAAUCCAAUAAAUUCGCAAUAUGUAUCAAUUGUGGUCGUAGAGCCACCUCAUAACCAAGCAAAAUUGGCAUCUCCUAAGCCAGUUGAGAAGAAGGAGGAUGUGACUCCUAAGGUUCAGCCGAUAUCAUCACUGUCGCCGUGGCUUGUCACUUCUGAACCAAGCUCGCCUUCAGGAAUUGGGGAGAAGGAAAUUACAAUUAUCCAUCGUAAGUCUGUUAUUACUACACAGCUGUAAUUAUUUUGUGUAGGUAAGUUUUAAGAAAAUAUUGUUAAAAAAUACAAAAAAUGACAAUGUAGUUUUAAAUUGCAUGUUUGCUUUUAAUAUAGUGCCUUAGAAAAUCGCCUAUUUUUGAAAUAAGGUAGUCAAUGAAAUUAGAAUCAAUACCUUAAAUGUUUAUACAUAUUUUAUUUUUACAAUGGGAAUUAUAAUGUUAUAAUGGCAGUUAGAAUAUAUUUCUUCACAUUUUAUGUCUUACUGAUUUUGGUUGGUUAUUUACCAAUCUUUCAGUUAGUUUUAAUUUGUAGCUGUUUGAUCCUGGUUUUCAUAUUUGGUACUUUGCCCAAACGGCAAAAUACAUUAAAACUCUUUGUAUACAUAACAUGAUUUAAUAAUUAUAUGAAUUUUCGCUUUCAAAGUUUCGAAGGAAACCUAAAGCGAGAUGAUGCCUUAAAUAGCCACAAUAUAUUUAAACAAAUGUGCGAUGAACAGGUUUCAUUCCGCUUGGGUGUACUAAGUAGAUAUCGAUACUUAAAUCUAUAAAAAAAAGCUUAAACAUUUUUACAUGUACUUAAUUAACGUACUUAACAUUUUGUAAUAAAAAAAUUGGGAAUAUUUUUAAAUUCUCUAAAUAUUCAUAUUAGAGAGGGGGUACAUAUACAUUCCUUUUAUUUACUUUACAUUUUUAAAUAUAUCAUUCCAUUCCGACAAUGGCGUCUGUCGCACGCGGCGGACGGCCAACGGCUAGCGAGUAGCGAUAGACGCAUGUGCGGCUAAUUCUUCAUCGUCACGUUAUGGAAUUUUAUGGCCCGACGUCUGACGACAGACGAGUGUGUCGGAAAGGAACCCAUAGGCCCAAGUUCGAAGACUCUAACCUCCAUUCUCUUAAAACAGUUGUUACUAUGCAUUUUCACGUACAAUUUUCAAAGUAAACACUUGUUUUGAGAAAUACGGAUUGAGUUGUCGAUGAAAAUGGGCCUUUAUCGGAUAUUUUAACCAGUAUUCGUCCAACAGGAUCGUCGAAAUAUAUAGGUUUGGAUGAUUCUGUUGCGCCUGCUUGCUAGUUAACAACAUAAUAAAUGAAUGAACAAAGGUAUGAAAAUUUCAACCUAAGGCACUGGUUAAAAUAAAUCCGAAACUUUGUGAUAGAGUUGAUGCCGUCCUAAAUAUGGAAUCAUUCUGAAACAAUUUAUACAAUUAGCAUUAAGUACAACAUAUCAGUAUUAGAAAAUGAAACAACUAGAAAGAUAGGUGCCAUAGUUUAUGAACUUGCCAUUCGGACUGCUCUAAAAAUUGUAUUGGAAUUGUAAACAAAAA